CACGGACAUUGAUUACUUUUGCAUUGGAGAAAAUAUUCGACAUCAUUUUAUAGAACAGUUAAAAUUUACUACAUAAAACCUAUGAGAAUUAUCAUAAACUUGCUAACCUACACAGCGAAAUAAGUAUGUCAUUGGCACGCGUGCCUCAGCUGCGUAUUGUGCAGCGUGAUCUGAAAUGUCGGCAGGGAUGUGGAUUUUAUGGAAAUGCACAAUUUGACGGUCUCUGCUCGAAAUGCUUCCGUGAACGUAACGAAAAAAAGAAAAAAGCGGAUCAAAAAGCAGGCAUUUCUACUACACAUACAACAACUACUGAUCAAAGUAGUGGUAGUGGUGUCAUCAGUGGAGCCGGACGCCUGUCACCGCAAAAUCUGUUAGGACGCUCACUAAGCAAGCGGCAGGAAAGUUUGCCGGAAAUAUCGACUGGCACUCUUACGAAGAAGAAAUCCCUAGUGCCUGCCGUGUUCCAAAAAACACUCCAAUCAAGUGUGCAGAAAAGUAAGAAGUUAAAACAGGAGGUGCAGCUGGCAACAGGACAAAGAUCAUAUGUUCCUGACCCUACGGAGAGUCUGUUCAUGCUUCAGCUGCGUCAACUACGGAUACCUGACGAUGGCAAGCGCAAACUGAAGAAUGAGAUUCAACGCUUGGAUAAUGCCAUACGAAGCUAUAUGAACAAAAGCGCUAAUAAAAGCAUAGAUGAGCUUUCAGAGCUGGUGCAAAAUGCCUAUACUAAACUGUCUGAUAUUGUGCAUAACGACCAACGUUUUCAAAUUGCAACUAAUGAAGAUCGCGAAAGUGCACUUGACUUCUUUGAAAAGGUUGUCAUGACACAAAAUCACAAGUUUUUAUUCAGUCCCUAUUUUACUCUCGACGAAGAAAACGAUGUGAAGAUUCAGAAACGAAUACGACAACUCAGUUGGAUAACAGCGAAACAUUUAAUGUGCAGCAUUGACGAAGUGAAUGCCGAAUCGCGAGAUCUAGUCUACAAUGCCAUAACUGAGUUAGUAGGCAUCGAUUCUUAUUACUCACCACAAGAAAAACUAGAGUGCACAGUGCGUUGCUGUCGUCAUAUAUUCGAAUUACUCAAACACUCAGUUGGAGGCCCAGCAAGUGCAGAUGAAUUUUUGCCUGCACUCAUUUUCGUUGUACUGAAAGCGAAUCCGGUGCGUUUGCACAGUAAUGUAAACUUUGUAACGCGUUUUACUACUGCAUCGCGGUUAAUGAGUGGCGAGGGAGGAUAUUAUUUUACAAAUCUGUGCUGCGCAAUAUCCUUCAUUGAAAAUCUAAAUGCCGAAAGUCUGGGCAUCUCGGAAGAGGACUUUGAUCUACUUAUGUCAGGCGAUAAGGCAUUUAGUACACCUUGGGAAAGCGCUCUGCUCGCCUGUGAGGGUUUGCAUUUAAUAUCAGAAAAUAUGAAGCGUAUGGAAUUGUUGAAAAAACGCAAUGCGAGCAUCGCUGCUGGUAUUGAGAAUUUCCGUAAGGACCUCGCAGACUUUCAAUGCGAAAUUGUCGAUAAAGUGGAUGCUUGUAUUGCCAAAGCUCCGCUGACAAUUCUACCAAUAAAAACACCAACACAUCUGAUCAGUAAGGCACGUGAACAUAUUUCUAAUGGAAAUGCUGUACCUUUGCAAUCGAGUAUAUCGCUUGGACACUAUAACACGAAUUUGCUCGCCGCUAUUGAAACCAACGGCAAAACGACAAAAGGUAGUGUGGAAAAGUGCCUUCCUAUUCCAUUGGCACCCACAAGUACAAUGGAAAGCGCUGCUGUAGAUGAUGCUGCUCAUACAUUGGCGCUAAAAGACACUAGUAUAUCUUCAGUCGGUCGUUUGUCGCCUUUACCAGCAGCACAACCAUCAGUAGAUAUGCUAUUUACAUCUCCCAUUUUCAACUAUACCCCUUUCGAUGCCGUUUCCCUGCUUGACGAUCACUCGGAUUCCACUGAUGAUUUUAUACUCAACACAGAUAUAAGAGGCGGACUUACAAAUGUAAAUUAUGACUUUGAUUUGUCCGAUCACAGUGCAGAUAAUAGUGUUGCUGAGGAUUUGAAACUUAACUUGGAAGAAUUCGAUCCCCUUGUACAAAAACCAAAUGAGGAAUCAGCUUCAGGGGAGGCAGUAUCGACUGGUUUGCAAACACCUGAAAAAAAGGUUAAUCCCCAUGAGCGAAGUUUAUUGGACAGUGACUCACCAACAAAUGGAGCAUUGCUACCCUCGCCGCUCAAGCCCACUGUAGCCGAAUAUCGUGGCUUUUCGAGUUUCGAAAUACCUUCUAUUUCGUGCAACACCGGUGACUUUGCGUCUCUCAAUCAUUCAGUCAAUGAACGUGUGGACAAUACAGGGGCGCCAAACACUGUAUCUGAAAAUAGCGCAGCUAAGUGAUUCAAAUUCGGGCCUAUGAGGAGUUUAUUAUUGGUACCGCCGCUGAUGCAAAUAUUAAUUUAAUGAUUUGGCUUCUAAUCAAAGAUAUGUUAAAGCGUGCGAAUAUAAAUUGUGUUCGACUGUUUGAAGUUAAAAGGAGCCAGUGUGUAUUUUAUAAUUUUUUAAAUAAAUUCGUAUUGAAAUCGGCAAGCUCAAUAAAAAGAGGGGCAAAAUAUUUCAUACGUACCGUUAUGCUUUUAAAACUUAAA